AUGCGUUCGGCCAUCCCCAGAACAGCGCUCUUGAGCGCUUCGCGGGCUUCGCGAUUCCUUCCUGCGUCUCGCCCUGCUCGCUUCUACAGCCUCAAGGCUACGGCCACUUCUACCUCUGUACAGCGCCCCCUUGAGGCUUCAAGGCUUUCGGUGGAGCAGACGAAGAGCCCCAAGAGCCUAAGCAAGCCCGAAGACCUCGUCUUUGGCAAGGAGUUCACAGAUCACAUGCUCGCCAUUGAGUGGAACAAGGACGAAGGAUGGCUUGAGCCUCGCAUCACUCCCUACCAGAACCUGUCUCUGGAUCCGGCCACCUGCGUCUUCCACUACGCCUUUGAGUGCUUCGAGGGCAUGAAGGCUUACAAGGACAAGCAAGGCGACAUUCGGCUCUUCCGCCCUGACAAGAACAUGGCCCGCCUCAACAAGUCCGCUGCCCGAAUUGCCCUGCCCACCUUUGAGCCCACUGAGUUUGUCGAGCUCAUCUCAAAAUUCACCAAGCUCGACUCCCGCUUCAUCCCCGCCCAGCGAGGCUACUCUCUCUACCUGCGACCUACGCUGAUUGGCACGCAGAGCACUCUCGGCGUCGGCGCUCCCGGCUCUGCCUUGCUCUACGUUAUUGCCUCUCCCGUCGGUCCUUACUAUCCUACUGGUUUCAAGGCCGUCUCUCUUGAGGCGACCAACUAUGCCGUCCGUGCUUGGCCCGGCGGUGUUGGCGACAAGAAGCUCGGUGCCAACUAUGCUCCUUGCAUCGUUCCCCAGCUGGAGGCUGCCAGCCGUGGCUACCAGCAGAACCUCUGGCUGUUCGGCGAGGAGGAGUACGUCACCGAGGUCGGCACCAUGAACAUGUUCGUUGCUAUGAAGGACAAGGCUACAGGCCAGAAGGAACUUGUCACUGCUCCUCUUGACGGCACCAUCCUCGAGGGUGUGACCCGUGACUCUAUUCUCCAGCUUGCCCGGGAGAGACUUGCUCCCGAGGGCUGGAAGAUCAGCGAGCGCAAGUACACCAUGCAGGAGCUGGCUGAUGCCUCCAAGGAGGGCCGCUUGUUGGAGGCCUUUGGUGCUGGUACUGCAGCUAUUGUUAGCCCUGUGAGGUCUAUUGCUUGGAAGGGCGAGAUUGUCGACUGCGGCCUGAAGGAGACUGAGGAAUCCGGCGAGCUUGCGCUCAAGGUCAAGGAAUGGAUAGAGGCCAUUCAGUACGGUGACAUUGAGCACGAGUGGAGCGUCAAGGUUUAA